AUGUUCCGAGCCCUUUGUCUGACCGUACUUCUGACGUCAUCUCAAGUUUCCUCGUUCCUUUUCGGCGGCGGCUGUUGUCAGCCGGUGUCCUCUUGCUGCGGAGGCGGGUCUUCUUGGGCCUACGCUCCGCCCACCGUCAUUGGUUAUGAAAGGGUGGGUUCUCUUCCUUGAUUAUCAUGACGAGAUGGGAGUUUCGUAGAUCAUUUCAAUCAAAAUUGUAAAAAAAAGAUAUAGUCCAUUCACCGCGACUUGAGAUUUCUCGUGUUUCUGCGUCUCUCUGUUCCCUUAACGGCAAGGUCAGAAAAAAAAUGAAAACUGCACUUCAAAAUGAGAGGGUCGCAGAGAGACGAGGUGGGAGCAGAGAAAAAAAGAACUAUAAAAAAGACUAAAAUUUUCUAUCACAAAUGACUUCGGCGCGAUAGAAAAGCGAUGUCGCUAACGAUAUCGCAAUUCUGUCGCACUGUCUUCGCGAUUUUUUAUUUUCCAAAGUGCGACCUAGAAUUUGUCAAGCAUUCACAAAGAACUUGUUCAUUUCCAAAACGCGAGAUCGCGCCAUUUGAGACGCAAGAGCGACGCGGCACUUUCGCGAUAUCGCCUAAGCACCGCCGCGACAUCGCGUUUAUCUCGCAGUUUUUCUUGAUAAAAUAGACACUUCAAUUUUUUUUUCUCAUAAUUUUCUAACCGUACUUCUGACGUCGGCACUUUCGCGAUAUCGCCUAAGUACCGUCGCGACAUCGCGUUUAUCUCGCAGUUUUUCUUGAUAACAUAAUCACUUCAAAUUUUUUUUCAUAAUUUUUCGAAAUCAUGAAUUUUUUUAGAUUCCUCUGUACGCCAAGGUCCCGAUGCCGCCUCCACAACCUUCUUAGUUCGUUUUUUUAUUCAUUUUUUUGUCGACCUCAUUUUUUUAAUAUUAUUGGAAAAGGAAAACUUGCUAAAAUAAAAAUAAAAAGUCAUUUAUUCAGUCCAAUGAUACCGCCGCCGCCACAGACCAUGUGAGUGAAGUUGGCAUGGAUUAUUUUUAGAAUUUCAAGUUUUUUUUUAGUUUAUCAAUGGAGCAUGUUUGUCAGGGGCCACAAAAAACCAGAUUCUGAAAGAAUUUUUGUAGAUCUUCCAAAAAAUGAAAAAAAAAAUUUGAAAAGACCCACAGCACGAUUUUUACUAACCCCUAACCCAACACUUUAACAAUUUUUUUAUCACAAAAAAACAGAAAAAAAUCCCAGAGUAAUCAAAUCUGAGCCGGCUCCGCCUCCUCCUCCUCCUCCUCCACCUCCUCCACCACCUCCGUCUCCGCCUCCACCUCCUCCAGCUCCCUCUACAACUCAAGCUCCUCCAACCCCAGCACCUCCCCCAGUAGCACCAGCACCCCCAAUGCCUCUAAUCAUGCCUUCCUAUCAAGCCGGCCCCGUUGUUUUUCAAGUUGGUCCAGCUCUAGAGGCAGCGCCUUUCCUGACCCAAAAAUUCGUUGGAUCGUACCAAAAUGGAGUUGGUCCAGCUCAAGUUCUAGUUCAAGAAGUUCCACCUUCAGUUCCAGUAGCUUCAAGAUCCUUUGGAUCCUACCAAAAUGGAGUUGUUCCAGCUCAAAUUUUAGUUCAAGAUGCUCUACCUCCUCCCAUGCCUCUAGCAGUUCCAGUAGCCUCAAAAGUCCUUGGAUCCUACCAAAAUGGAGUUGAUCCAGCUCCCCUCCUAGUUCAAGAAGUUCCACCUCCACCAAUGCCAAUACUAACUCCGAAACUCCUUGGUCCGUACCAAACCGAAGUUGCUCCAGCUCCAAUUCUCGUCCAAGGAGUUCGAGCUGCAGCUGCACCAACUCUCCAACGAGUCGCACCCGCACCACCUGUUCCAGGGUUCUCGCCUACUUUUUUCAAAUUAACCAACAAUUUUCAGAGUUUUUCCGACCUCAACGGCCACUUUCCGACAGCCAGUAACCUUGUACGAGUUUUUUUCUAACAUUUCUAAUUAAAAUUAUUGAUUUUUUUCGGAGUAAUUUCAAGAUAAUUAUUGAAUUUUUAAGAGUAAAAAAAGCUUACUUUAAAAAGAAAUUAUUGAGAAAAAAAUCUGGAAAAAAAUUUCAUGGGAAUAUUUUUGUUACUAGAACUUAUCGAUUGGAGGAGAGUAUUUUUUUCAAUUUAUGAAAAUUUGACAAAUUUUUGAACCGUUUUGAAUCUUUUUAAUCAACUUUUGAGGUUCAAAAUUUAUGGUCGCAUUUGGAAUGGCUCGAAGAAAAUUCAAAAAAAUUGGUUCUUUUUUUCGAUUUUUUUACAAAAAAAUUCAAUUCAUUUUUUUAGCGUUCAACCGCUCAAAGUUCAUUAAAAUAUGGCUAAUUUUUCAAUUUUUUUAAGACUUUUUUUCAUUAAAAUAAGCCCAUGGUCGCAUUUGGAAUGGCUCAAAGAAAAUUCAAAAAAAUGUUUUUUCGACUUUUUAUAAAAUUAAAAAUUUUUUUCUCAACUUUCAACAGCUCAGUUUUUUUAUUUGAAAAAAAUUGGCAAAAUUUCAGUUUUUAAACAGUUUUUUUGAAAUAUUUUUUUCAUUAAAAAAACCCUGUGGUCGCAUUUGGAAUGGCUCGAGAAAAAAACUUGGAAAAUCCAUUUUUUAUUUUAAUUUUUUCUCAGCGUUCAACAGCUCAAAUAACAUUGAAAACUUUGAAAAUUGUCAAUUUGUGAAUUUUUUCUGUAGUUUUGAUUUCAUUUUCGAUCCCUAAAACCCAUGAUCGCAUUGAGAAUGGCUCGAAAAUUCUUCAUUUUUUCUUAUUUUUUCUGAAAAUCAACUUUUUUUUUCAGCGUCCAGCCGCAAAUCCAACAGCCCGGCGGUUAUCAACAAGCUCCAGUGGUUCGUUUUUUUUCGAUAUUCGAUUUUUUCAAAGCUUUUUAACUCAAAAUUUAAAAAAAGUAUUUUUUUCUCAAAUUUGAAAGGAAUAUUUGUUCAAAAAUGUGAGUUUUUGUCCUUGUCACUUAAUUUAUAACCUCUUUAUCAAAAUGUAAUAAAAAUGAUGCUUGGAAACGUUUUGAAAAUCUUGAAAAAUGAUGAUCCGAUAAGAAAAAUGAUAAAAAAUUCAGUUUCAAUGGAAAAAUGCCAAGAAAUUUUGGAAAAACGUGGAUUUUUUGGCUUCGCUUGGAAAUUUAGCAGUAAAAAAUGGGAUUUUGAUGAUUUUUUUAAGUUCUUCACCUUAUAUUUCAAGAUUUUUCCAAUCAAUCUCCAAAUUUGGAAUAACGCCAUCAUCUUUGUCAGUUUAAAACAUCAAAAUCGAUGAUCAUCACCAAAAAUCUUGAUUUUCCCGUCUUUUUCCUCAGUUUAACAUCAAGCUUCUGUGUGUCGACAUUGUUGUAAAAAGGAAAAAUUUUCCUUUUCCGUCCGUUUGUGUAACUUUUCGGGGCCUCCUUUUCUGUGAUUCGCUUUGGCGCGAAAGUUGUGCUUUCCAAGGGACUUCUUAAGGGUUUUUCGGUGAAAUUUUUCUUUUUUCACAAAUUCGCUUGGAAAAAAUCGAAAAUUUACUUUUUUUUCUAUUUACAAACUGAAGUUAUUCAACUUCUUUUUGAAUUAUGAUAACUGAAACGAACGAAAUUUUUUUCGAAUAAUUUUGAAAAAAAAUGAUCAUUUUCAGGGCUACAACCAAGGCCAAUCCAUCCAAGGGCCAUUUGAAACCGGAGUCGAAGUUCAGGUAAAACUUUAAUUCUUUCAAAUUUCCUAGUUUUUUUAGGUUUUUUUCGAGCAUGAUAAGCUAGAUUUAUAACUUAUUAAAUCCAAAAAAAGCAAAUUAAAUUUUUUCAGCAACCUUUCAACAACCAAAACCAAGUUCAAACGCCCGUUCAAGCUUCAAAUUACAACGAACAAGCCGUUUCUGGAGCUGAACAAAGUGGAAAUUCCGCUCAGGUAAAAAACAAUCAAAAAAUAAUAAUAAAAAAUAACCAAAUUUCAGUCCGGCUACGAUUCCGCCGCCGUCGCCCCAAGCGCCAAAAGACUGCGAAAACUCUUGUAA